AUGCCGGACGCCGACUUCUGGGCGGCGAGCAAGCCGCCAGAAGACGGGACCUGCGUGUUCGACCGCGUACCGAACGAGAUCGUGUUCAGCAUCCUGUCGUUCCUCAAGCCUGGCAAGGUCCCUGUCGUCGCCGCCGCCGACGACAACGCCGUCGUCGUUCCCGAGCCGCCGCCCGAGGACAACCCCCUCCUCGUCGUGCGCCAGACGUGCCGCCUCAUGAACAUGCUCUGCGCCCGCCUGCUGUGCCGGCACGAGAUCAUCUUUGACGGGCUCAGCAACACGGCGCACGAUGCGCCCGCUCAGCCGUUUCUGAGCGUCGUCAUGGCGUCGGGCCUGCGUCACCUCGUCAUCGUCAACGCCGACUUUGCGAUCAGCCCGACCUACACCGACUUCCGUUCCCUCGUGUCGCUCGUCCUCUGGUCCGCGACAAUCACCGAUCCAGCGACGCUCACGACUGCGACCAUGCCGUCCCUGCGCCGGUUGGUGCUCGUCAACUGUCGCAUGUACAGCUGGCUGUACCUGCGGUCGCGGUGGGCGACCGGCCUCUUGUCGCAGCUCGAGCUCCUCGAGGUCGGCGAGGACCGCACCGAGGGCGCCGACGUGCGCCUCCUCGUCCCGUACGCCCGCCUCCCGUUCACGCUCCCCGUCCUGUGGCACGUCGACCUCGACCGCGCCCUCGUGCGCCUCAACUUUCCCCCCUCGCGCGCCGCCCUGCGCCGCCGCCACUUUAUCCUCCUCACCCUCGACGACGACGACGACGACGACGCGGCUUCCUCCUCGAGGCGCAGCAAUCCUCGCGAUGCUCGGCACGUCCGCCUCCUCAAGCUCCUCGACGACAUCCUCCCCGCCCUGCCCAACCUCGAGCUCGUCCUCGUCCCGCGGUCCUUCUGGGCCCCGCCCGCGCCGCAGGACCUCGGCGCGGCGCACCCGGCGCGGCAGGCCGCCGCGCGCCUCGCAGAAGAGAGGCAGCAGGCCAUCGUCGACGAGUGCAGGUGGCGCCACAUCGCGCUCAGGACGUACGAGCCGCGAGAGGACGAGGGCGUGGGGUUCGUGCCCGAGUUUGAGGCGUUCCUCCCUUCGUCACCUGCACCGCCGUCCAUUUCUCGGGCCAUGCCGAGCUCGCCAAUCUCGACUCGCGCUCGGCGCCAGGACGUCGACUUCUGGGCGACGAGCAAGCCGCCAGAAGAUGGGACCUGCCUGUUCGACCGCCUCCCGAACGAGGUCGUCACCAACGUUCUGUCGUUCCUCGUUCCCGACACGCUCGUCUUCAUCAACAGCGUCCGGUACCGCCCGCCGCCGCACGAGCACCUCCUCGUCGUGCGCCAGACGUGCCGCAUCAUGGCCCUGCUCUGCGUGCCGAUCCUGCGCGAGCUCUACACGGACGACAGCGCGCAGAGCGACCCGGUCCUGCAGCCCCUCCUGCGCCACCUUCGGGUCUCGACGGCGCGCGCACGUGCGGUUCGCCGGCUCGUCCUCGAGGGCCCGUCGUUCAGCAUCUUGAUCGACCUGUCGUCGCGCCUCCAAGGAUGGCCGGAGGUGUUGCCCAACCUCGAGGAGCUCGUCUUGUCGCGCACCCAGCGCGUCAAGCUCGACACUUUCGCGCCUUUCACCCAGCUGCGUCACCUCACGGUCGUCAACACCGAGCUCACCCUCGAGUCGAGGCGCACAACCUCGUUCCCGUCUCUCACGUCCCUCACCCUCUCGUCCGCCACCCUCACCGAGCCCUCGAUCCUCAGCAACUCGGUCAUGCCCGCGCUGCGCCACCUGUCGAUCGUCGACUGCCGCGUCUUCAAGUGGCUGUACCUCCCGACGCGGUGGGCGACCAACCUCCUGCCGCAGCUCGAGGUGCUCGAGAUCGGCGAGGACCAACACCGCGACGCCGACGUGCGGCUCCUCGCGCCGCUCGCCACCCUCGGCGACACGCUCCCCGUCCUGUGGUGCGUCGACCUCGACCGCGCCCUCGACCGCGCCCUCGUGCGCAACCGCUGGCAGCGCUCGCACGCCGCCCUGCGCCGCCACCUCUUUGUCCGCCUCGUCCUCGCCGAACCGUCGUCGCCCUCGCCCCUCGAACCCGCACGACACACGUCCUUCCGCAACGCGCCGUCGCGCCUCGCCAAAGUCCUCGACAUCGUCGCCCUCCUCCCCAACCUCGAGCUCCUCCUCGUCCCGCACGACCUGUGGCUCCCGAACGCGCGCCCAUCGUCGGCCCACGCGGCACAACAGGCCGUCGUCGACGAGUGCGCGCGGCGCGGGGUCGCACUGAGGACGUACGACGGGCGCGGCGCGAGGGGCGAGGGGAUCGUGCCCGAGUUUGAGACGUUCUUGCGCGAGCGAGCGAGCGGUUCGGGGCCGUAG